AUGGGUGAAGAAAGUCCUAAAGUUUCAGGUACAAGUGGUAAAAACGAAGGGCAGCCUGCUCACGACAUUCCGUCCUCGCAGACUGCCCCUUCGUCUUCUAGUAGUGCAGAGGCCAAAUUGUCGAACAAGGAGCUGAAAGAACUGAAGAAGAAGGAAAAAGCUGCUAAAAGAGCGGCUCAAAAAGAGGCAAGUGGGAUUUCAAUGGAAAAACAGCAGCAACAAGCCCAACAGAAACGAGAGAAAAAAUUGGGUCAAAGAGAGCAACAACAGCUACCUGGCGGUGGCAAUAAGGGCAAACUCGUGGCGCCUGCGCCAUUACUGAAAGAGUCGACCCUUUAUGGCCAUCUAGAAACCACUGAGGAGAGACGCGCGUAUCUGCUGGCCGUGACAAGUGCCAUCAGUUCGGGUCAAGCUUCCAAGAUCACGGCUGCUGGGCUGAUGCUCCCCCACGUUGCCAGUGCCCUGAGUGGAAGCCACGUUCCCACAUCGUCCGGUGUAGCGUCUGCGACGUCAUCGGCCAGCACACAGUCGCAUUGCGUGACCACUGCUGCGGAACCCUCCAUUGCAGAUCUCGCCCAGAUGUUGGCAACAAUGGCAGUGGACGAUGAAUCGUCUAUGGUGGCGGGCACGUCCACAGUCAUACCACAGACUUUACUGAAAUCAAUCAGUAGUCCACAUCUGAACUCCUCCAUUAAAGAGCUGAUUACGAACAGAGCUCUGCUGCACCCAGCCAUAGCCCAACUGACAUCCGACAUAGCUGGCUACAAAAUCAUUGGGUCUAUUCCCCGUUGCUUGAUGAUGCUGGAGGCGUUCCAAAUAGCUAUCAAAGACUACAAAACUCCCGAGGGCACAACCUUGAGUCGUAACCUAACAAGUUACCUUUCCCAUCAAAUUGACUUUUUGAAGAAGGCCAGACCUCUCAGCGUCACCAUGGGUAAUGCAAUCCGGUGGCUCAAACAAGAGAUUUCUCUCAUUGACAUAAACACUCCAGACAUGGAAGCCAAAGAAGGUUUAUGUGAACAGAUCACUCAAUUUGCUAAAGAGAAGAUUGAACUUGCAGACCAUUUAAUCGUGGAGAAUGCGUCUCAACAUAUUUCAAACGGGUCUACCAUUUUAACCUACGGUUGUUCCAAAGUUUUGUGCGAUCUCUUCAUUCACAAUGCCACCAAACUUGGUAAAGACUUUCAGGUUAUAAUCGUGGACUCUCGGCCACUGUUCGAAGGUAGGAAGAUGACGGAGAAGUUGAGAAAUCACGGUCUUAACGUAAUGUACGUGCUCACCACAAGUUUGGGAACCGUUUUCAACAUGCAUAUCAAUUACGUUUUCCUUGGUGCACACUCUAUUCUAUCGAAUGGGUUCUUAUAUUCCAGGGUUGGUACUGCCAUGUUGGCUAUGAGUGCCAAAAGAAGAAAUAUACCCGUUCUGGUGUGUUGUGAAAGUUUGAAGUUCUCACAAAGAGUCCAACUCGACAGUGUGACGUCCAACGAACUCGCGGAUCCUAAUGACUUGGUAGUCAUAGACUCUAACAAUCCGGUCAAGAGACGUGGUAACAAGGGCUUUUUGCUGCAACAAUUCAUCAAAGAAAGGGAGCUGGAUAUCGCUAGUCAGUCACAGGAUCAGAAAAAGAAUGGGAAAGGAGGAAACCAGUCACAGACUCCGGUUAAAGUCGACGAAAACAAACCAAUUCUUGCAGACUGGCAGACAUCACCAAAGCUCAACAUUUUCAACAUCAUGUACGAUUUGACCCCCCCAGAGUACAUUAAAAAGAUCAUAACUGAAUUCGGCGCGUUGCCACCUUCGUCCGUUCCGGUAAUUCUGCGAGAGUACAAAGGUUCUGCAUAG